CCGCUGCUUUAAAAAACCCAGUGUGAGGACGGACUGCCUGCAGGCCGUCAGUCUAAUGGUCAGUCUAAUGGCAGGCUUCUCCGUCAGCCACCAGGACCUGUGAGGGAAAUCGAGGGUCAACAACUGCGUCAACAGGUGGCCAGUUUAUUGUGUUGCGUGAGAGUGGAGUGAGGGAGGCCGUCCACACACACACACACACACGCGCGUGCACCGUGUACUCGGUGGCUUCUCUCCUCAUUCACCACCGUAGCCUCGAGUACACAGAUAUGCCGCACGUCGAUAACCUCAUCAAUGAGAUCCGUAGCGCUCAAGGCAGCGGAGGCGGGACGAUGGGGUCCAAAGUAUCUGCUCACUCCUCGCCUCCAGCGGCUCCUCCAGCCGCGUCAGAAAAGGUACAGCCAUCUGCACCUAAAACAGAACCUCCUUUAGCCACAGCACCUUCGCGAGUCGUUGGCAAGGGGUCCCUCCCAAAGCUAGUGAUGAACAGUCCGGCUGAACAGCAGAGCAUUAUCUGGCGCUUUCUGGGCUCAAAGACCACGACAAAAGAGGCAGGUAGUCGAGACAUCUUCGACACGCCUUUCAGCCCAGAUGCCCAGCAGCAGAUAAUAAACAAAGCCACGAAAGACCAGGAUGGGCUUCGUAAGGGAUGCGGCGACAAGUGGAAGCUUCCCACUGAUCACGACUCUACUGGCGUUACCAACGACGACUCCACUGAUAGUCUUGGAACCUCUACCGAUGCCCUCUAUUGCCCCUCAAGCAAGACUGACAGCCCCUUCAAUAAAAAAAUAAACUUCGCAAAGGGAUCCAGCGCUGCCAGCGUCCUGACGGAAGAUCUCUGCAGGAAGUUGAAGGCGAUGAAGCAAGAUGACGAGGAAGGGGACAAGACGAAGGAAGUGGUGAAGAGCACUGAGGAGCAGGGACGUGGAGAGGCCGAGGAAGGUGAAGAAGGCGGGUCGGCCGGUGUUACCAAGAAGCGAACCUGUCGCACAUGGGCGUUUUGGCUGUUAAUUCUUCUGGUGAUUCCUCUCAUCACCGUGGUAGUGUUCAUCUUGCCUCGGGCCUACUACAGCGGUCAUCUUUCUGCUGAUAACGAAACUGAAACUAAUGGGACACAGGUGAACUUCAUCACGUACAUGUCCAAGUUAGGGUACGGCAAGCUUAAGAAGGCUGACAGGGAUUCUGUUGUGCAAACAGUUUCGAAGAUUACAGAGAUCUUCACCGUCAUAGAGGACCAGUCUAGCAUGAGCGACCAAACAGCAGGGGGCUCCGAGAGCGCCUCCAGUGAUAAAGCCACCACGGAUGUUGUUUACGUAUCUGAGGAGCAGCAGCAGCAGCAGGAGCAGCAGCUGCUACAAGUGUCUUUAAAGCCAACGACGGAAGACUACUCACUCAUCCAGGAAGCCUCUGACAUGAUGAUUCUAAGCAGUGAAGCACACGCUACAAUCUCAGAGAUGCAGAGCAGCCCGUCGCAGAGCAGUCUAGCCUCGACCAGCCCAGUGUCGACCAGCCCAGUGUCGACCAGCCCAGUGUCGACCAGCCCGCCGCCGGGCAGCCCACCGCAAGAUAAAACUCCCAUUAAUUCAGACCAGAUCAGUCCGACCAUCUUACGAGCAGUAUUUGAUAGUCUUUUCAAGUCCCGAAGAGGCGAGGACGUGGUGUUGCCGGAGUUCAUAGCCAUGUACCGGAACAUGAUGGUAUUCUUCGGCAGCUUCGGCGGGUUCGCCAACAUUCAGACGCAGAUGCUGGAUAAUCGCAUUCAGAACCUGGAGCUGUACACCAAGAGGAGGGAAGGCCUGCAGUACGAGACCUUGAGGAGCAUGAUCCACUACGAAGACACGUCCGGCAAGAUCGGCUCUACGUAUCCCUUCUCUGGAACGAUUCUCUUUACGUGUCUCCAUCGCCACCUUCAGUUCCUGGCGCUAUCUCUGACGAAUAUUGUCCAUCUCCAACCGCAGCAGCCGCUUCUUGAAGCCUUCAAACCCGCUUACGAAACCGUUUUAUCUUGGCAUCACACUUGGUUUGUGGAGCAGUUUUACAAAGUGGGUAUGGCGCUGCUGCCUCUCAAGGAAGAAGCGAUAAGGAGACUGAAGGUGACGCAAGGAGAGGACGUCUCGAACGACGUACUCGCUGCCAGCAUUCGUCUCGUUGUUAAUGAAGUUGACAAACUGACCAACCUCUCUCAGGACAUUCUCACCAGGACGGACGCCCUCAAGAAGAUUCCCGAAGAAGUUAUUACAUAGACAUUUUUUUGUAUACAUAUUUGUUUGUGAAAAUAUAAAUAUAAUUAUAACUAUUCUUUAUACCUGUUGGAUAAACUUUAUACGAAGA